UUUUCUGCGAAAUUAUACAUUCAUCCAUGUUUUCUCAUCUUUUCAAACCCAUUUUACGUAUAACUCGGACUUCUAGAUUCCAAAAAAUGAGAAAAAAAUGAGAAUUUUGUUUUACAGAUUUUACCUACCCCUAGUGCGUGUACAUAUUAUAAACACAUGUGCUUUCUCAAUUUCAUCAUGGCGGACCAAGAAGACGGCUUAGACCAGUUAAAAGAAAGAUUAUUAGGUCAUUCUGCUUGUUUCAACUCUUUACUCGAGCUUAUUCCAGCACGUUAUUACUUUGCUGACAAUGAGGAAGAGAAAAGCAAUAAGUUUUAUAAGAAUAAGAAGAAUAAAGCGCCAAAACAGGCCGUAAAGGAGGCCACAAAGAAGGCUAAAUUGAGUCGACUUGAUCCAAACCAGCACAAAACUGUCCCUGAAAUACAAGCAGAAUUAUCAGUUGAAGAUGGUAAAGCUGCGGGAGAUGAACGUGUUGUUAGUGUCGAGGAUGUGGCUUGUUCCAGCAUCGGAGAUCUCAGGACUAAACUUCAUGAACGUAUUGAGUUAAUGAAAAGGAAACGAAAAGCGACCUCAAAUGAGAAUGGCAGACCAGCCAAGAAGGCUAAAAACAGCGGUAGUAAGAAAGACAGCGGAAAGGAAAAGAAAAGGACUAACCAGAUAAACUCUAAGCCUGCUAUAAACAACAAGAAAACUAUUGUGAACAGUGAAGGAAAGGUUGUGUUUAGUAAAUUUGAUUUCACAUCAGAUGUAGUGAAACCAGAGGGAAAAGGCAAAGGAAAUGCAAAGAAAAAGAAUUAUAAAAAGUUAUUAGAAAAGGCUGAAAGUAGGAAAAAGAAAAUGGAAGAAAUGAAAGAGGAUAACAGUGAAAAAGCAAAGGAGAUGAUUGAGACAACAAAAUGGAAGAAAGCUCUUGGAAAGUCAGAAGGAGUGAAGCAGAAAGAUGAUCCAGCACUAUUGAAGAAAGCUAUGAAACGCAAGGAGAAACAGAAAAAGAAACACCAGAAAGAUUGGAAGGAGAGGAUGAAUACGCAGAAGAAACAAAUGAAGGAGAGACAAGAUCGAAGACAAAGGAAUAUUCAAGAACGCAUUGAUAAGAAGAAGAAGAAAGGUGGAAGGACACCAGGAUUUUAGAUUCAAUUGACUCCAUUAAAAGUCAUUCAUAAAUGGGGCUAGUUAGACUCUUUCUGGCAAAAUUUUGACAAUAAAUAAAAGAGACUGUCAUAAUCAGACUAGCCUCAUUUUCAUGAAACUCAGACCUCUUUUAAUAAAUCUAAUUUCAGCCUGAUUCCAAACAUAAAAUCAAUGUGAAAAUGCAAUGAAAAAUAAAAUGAAAUCAAAUCACACUCAGGAAUCUACUUUCAGUUGUUUUCUAAUUGAAGAAGUUUUACCUCAACAAAACUAAUACUAUCUUCUCUCAUAUAUUUACUAUUUCGUAUAAACUAUGUCCGCAAAAUCCGUGUUUAACGACGAUGAUAAACGCUGUGUAUCUCAGUGGGUCAUUUAGGCCUGGCU